GUUAAAACCCAAGAAGAAGAGCAGCUCGCCAGUUCUCUAUACAUCAAUGGUAGUGACAAACUCAAAUCCUCUUGUGACAACAUGUAGUUUGUUCAAGUGGUUUUGCCGUAACUAGCUGUCCAUGAGGAGAUCUACCGUCCGCAGUAUUAUCUUCAUUGUGAUCGGGUGUCUGACAGUUUACAUCGUUUGGACUUUAAAGGACAGGAUGUGUGAGCAGACGCUGGAGUAUUUCUUGAAUCGGUGUCAGAUACAGAAGAGGGACGCUGCCCAGGUGAGAUGGUCCCACGCUGUGAACAACAGGAGCAGCCUGACGGAGGCGCUGACAGGUCCCACUCAUAUGAUGGAGGCUGACAUAAUCAUGAGAGGUCAUGACCCCAAAGAGCCAAUCAUGGCGCAUCCCCCUCAGACUGACAGUGACAUCACACUGAAGGAGUGGCUAGAAGGAGUCAAGGUGCACGACAAAGGGAUAAAACUAGACUUCAAGAGCCUGGAGGCAGUGCCUCCCUCUGUGGCUCUGCUGCAGGAGGUGCUGGCUGAACUCAGCUGUCCUGUAUGGAUCAAUGCAGAUGUCCUCCCUGGUCCCAGCGGACAGGCCACACCUCUGGAGCCGCAGGCUUUCCUGGCUGCUGUGGGGACUCUUCCCAGUCACACGGUGCUGUCUCUGGGCUGGACUACAGGGUGGACUGCUGGUACAGAUAACCCAGGUUACAGCUGGGAUAUGGUGCAUGAGAUGGAGGAGAUAUGUAGAACACUUAAACAUCCCGUCACCUUCCCGGUGCGUGCAGCUCUCCUGGCCCAGUCGCUCUCCCAGCUCACAUGGCUGCUGCAGCAGUCAGACAGGUACACUCUCACAGUGUGGACCGGCCAGAAGGACGACGUGACGCUACAGGACUUACUGCCCUACAGAAAAGAGUUCAACAUCAGUCGGAUCUAUUACGACCUGCCAGACUUUAUAAGGACAGAGCUCACCAAGACAUCGCAAGACAAUAACUGAAAUACAUUAUUAAUAUUAAGGCUGAAAAUGGGAAAUAGUUUCCACUGCUCACCAGGGGUGUAACGGUUCAACAACAAUUCACGAUUUGGUACAUUUUCAAUACAGCACAACAGUAGAAAUGCCAGAGAAAUUUCCUUGAUUUUCAUAUUUUUUAACUCAUUAAAACUAACAUCAUAAAGUAUGACCUUUUUUUGACUUUGAACAAUGAUCUUCUUAGCAGCAGAGAAAACAAAAACAGCUCCUUAUAAAAAUAAAAAAAAAAGUAGUAUUGUAGUUAUAAACAAAUACACACAAAAGAAACCGUUCUAUUUUUAUACAGAACUGUGUUUUACUCAGUUUUUUUUUCAGAAAGAUGAGAUUGUCCACAUUUUCUGUAGACAGCACAGAUCUUCUUGAUGUGACAAUGUCACCUGCAGCAGAAAAUAGCCUCUCACUAUAAGUGCUCAGUGGAUCAGUAUCCAGAGGAGUCAGUCCACUGCCCUGAACACGUUCACCUCCUCCUCCUCGGCCAUUAUAGCCACAGACUUGGUGCUUGGUGCUUGGCUCCUGGGUCAUGAACAGUUUCUUUUCUGUUGGAGGUGAUGUUGAAGUCUACUGUCUCAGUCACUACAGAGGUGGCUGCCUCUGUGGUGUCUGCAGCUCGGCCCUGAAGAAAUAUAAACAACAAUAAUAUAUUUGUUGUCACAUUAUUUGAUUUAAAAAUCUUACACUAGUAAAAUAAAAUGACCAGGUAUGCAAAUAAUUAAUCAAAAAUAUAGUAAGCAGCAAAAUGAUAAAUAAUACCAGUUGUUCAGUGCUCAUAAUCUCUGUGGUGAUUACAUCAUAGACUGUCAGGCGAGUGGCAGUGACUUGAAUCUUGGAUCAAAAGCUGUGCUGUUGUGUCGGUUAUCUUGAAGACCAGCUCCAGGUCAUUCCCGGUGGCUGUUUUGACAUCCUGCACUGCUGCAUCAUUAGACAGUAUCAUAGUUUUCAGGAUCAUCAUUUUUAUAGGACCAUGGACGUGGAUGGAGAGAACUCGGUGCACAGAAGGGUUGUCACGGUUUUCAGGGGUUUCAGAACUGUGAUAACGUCCUCAGCCAGUCUCACAUCAUUUUCAGACAAAGUCACAAUGUCUUUUUUCUUCACAGCUUUGUCUGUCAUUGCAGAAUACACUGCAGCCUGCUGCUCAAGAUCACUUUCAGUCAUAUCAUGGCUGACUUUUUGUGAAAUUCUGUAAAUGAAAUAGAAGCUCUAAAGUAAAGCUGUGAGAAGAGAACUCACUCCUGGUUGUUAGUACAUAUGCAACAUGUGAACUGGGAUCAUUGUAGGCAUUGUUGCAUUGUUGCAUUGUUCACAAACCACUGUGUAGGUGGAAGUAAACUGUUGCCAGCUGUUGCAUUAACAAGGACAAACUCAUGCAUGCAUGUGAUAUACAUGUUACUCUGAGUAAUAUGAAAAUAAUAAAGUUAAAAGUCAGCAGUGUUGGUGUAUUCAUUAAAACAUGAAAGCCUCUAAUUUCCCAGCAGUAAGCUGAGGGUGUGAUGAUGAUGAUGACACUACUCAGCUUUGACUGCUGCAGUAGCAUCUCUGAUAGACGAAACUGUCAACUGGAGACACAGUCUCUUAAAUAUCUUACUGAGAAAAAUGUCAUAAACUCACUCAUACAAGAGAACCUACAAUGUGCUGCUAUGUUAUUACUAUGAUAUGAUCAAUUUAAACUAAAGUAGUUUUUUUAAAAUAUUUUUGAUAAGACUGGUGGCUCUGUGGGGCUGUAAUUGGUCACAAUGACAUCACUGAUGUUCAGGAUAAUGUUUAUUUGUUUGCUAAUUAGUGCUAAACACAAAGUACAGCUAUUGUUGAUGGGAAUGUCAUUAGUUUUGCAGGUAUAAAUCAAAUAAAAUUUGACUUGAUGAUGGUGCCAGAUGAUCACCCAAUUUAUCACAAUUAAUCCUGAGGAGGACAUGAACGUCUUUUCCAUAGUUGAGUUAUUUCACUGAAAACCACAAAUAUGGUAAAUAGUGUAAAAGCCAGGGGAUCACCAAAGCUGUUAGUGUUCAUCCUCUGGGAACCGUUUCAUGGUAAUCAAUCCAAUAGUUGUACCAAAGUGGUGGGAUGACUAAGACAUUUUCAUACCUAGAGUCACACUGUUAGCAUGGCUAAAAUGUUAUGUUGAUGUUAGAAAUUAUAUACAAAGAUAUAAAGUAUGUAAAACUCAUUGUAAGAUCACUACACCUAGAAGAUGUUAUAAGUUCAGACAUGAAUAUUAUAGGAGUAUAUUACACAGGGCCCAAUGGUAAAGUGAAUAAAUGUUCCUAAUCUUU